CCUGUUUGUUGUUGGAGAAAGGGAGAGAAAGGAAAGCGCGAGGAAUCGCUACCACCGCCUCCACCAGUACCAGCCGUGACGGAGCUGAGAGGAGACCACGGGCCCUACCGCCCUGCCUCUCCUCCUUCUUAUCGCUGGCUGCCAACCUCCUCGGGAUUUAUUCCAACAAUCUGUUAAAACAUGGUGGAUUACUAUGAAGUUCUAGGCGUGCAGAGACAUGCCUCACCUGAGGAUAUUAAAAAGGCAUACCGUAAAUUGGCACUGAAGUGGCACCCUGAUAAAAAUCCUGAGAAUAAAGAAGAAGCAGAGAGAAAAUUCAAACAAGUAGCUGAGGCAUAUGAGGUGUUAUCAGAUGCUAAAAAACGGGACAUCUAUGACAAAUAUGGCAAAGAAGGAUUAAAUGGUGGUGGUGGAGGUGGAAGUCAUUUUGACAGUCCAUUUGAGUUUGGCUUUACAUUCCGUAAUCCAGAUGAGGUCUUCAGGGAAUUUUUUGGUGGAAGGGACCCAUUUGCUUUUGACUUCUUUGAAGACCCAUUUGAGGAGUUUUUUGGAAAUCGAAGAGGCCUCCAUGGAGCCAGAAACAGGGGCACAGGAUCUUUUUUCUCUUCCUUCAGUGGAUUUCCAUCUUUUGGAGGUGGAUUUCCUUCUUUUGAUACAGGAUUUACAUCAUUUGGUUCUCUGGGGCAUGGGGGCCUUACUUCAUUUUCUUCAACAUCCUUUGGUGGUAGUAGGAUGGGCAACUUCACAUCUAUAUCAACUUCUACUAAAAUAGUUAAUGGCAGAAAAAUCACUACAAAGAGGAUUACUGAGAAUGGUCAAGAAAGAGUAGAAGUUGAGGAAGAUGGCCAGUUAAAGUCCUUAACGAUAAAUGGUGUGGCAGAUGAAGAAGCCUUUGUAGAAGAAUGCAGGCGAAGAGGACAAAAUGCCCUGCCUUCCCAGCCAGCCAAUGUCCGUUUGCAGAAGUCUCACAGACCUGCCACUUUACCCAAACAUGUAUCUAACUAUAUUUGUGAGGAGGAGAAUGAGCAAGAUAAACCUCAGGUCACCAGCAACUGGGAUCCCUCCAUUUUUUCCGCAGGAUUCAAAGAAGGUGGCAAGAGGAAGAAGCAGAAGCAGAGAGAGGAGCAGAAGAAGAAGAAGUCGACCAAAGGGAAUCACUAGACUGGACUUACCAGACACAUGCACACUUUUGCACCAAAUGCUCACAUAACGUUGGAGCACGGGCCUGGGUUCUGUGUGUGUUUUGGUUGUACACACUCGAGAUAGAAGACAUCUUAUUUAAUAUUCCAUACCAAGAUCACACUUAUUUUUAGCAGGUCUGUGGACACUUGAUCACUGUAGAUUAGGGAUGUCAGAAGAAGUGAGUUGAUGAUAAUGGUUGACAAUCAUUGAAAUUUGGAACACAGCAUAGACUUAAUUUUGCUUUUCCCCAGCACUGAAUCUUAUUAGUGUUUUCCUAUAGCAUUGUUAAGAAUCUAAUUCAUUUUUCCUAAGGCUCUGUCUCAUUCUUUUCAACUGUUCAACCACUAUACAAACUACUGAAAUAUUUAUAGCUUUAGAAGUAUAGUACAAUACAGAUAUUGACUAUAUAUUCAUGAAAUGACUUUUUCCCCUAAUGGCAGUAAAGUAUUUGAAAUUAGAAUAUAAUUAAGUAUAGCAUAAUUUAAAGAUAAUGUAAAUUACACAUUGAAUCAUGAAUAUAAGGAUACUUUUUUUUUUUUUUUUUUUAAUAAGUUUAAGACCUGAGUAUGAAUUCUUCAAAGCAAUCUGGACUUAUACAUGGUAGGUCAACACUGAGUCACUUCAGAUGUAAAAUCAUUCCUUAUAUUUAUCUUUAUUUUAAUCCUCUCUAAGCAGUCCAAAUUCUACUUCAAAUAUUAUUUAAUUGUUGCUCAAUGCCAUCUCCCCCCCCCUUGUAUCCAUAAUUGUUCUUUUAGCACAUACACAGGAUUCUACAAAAUUUUGUUCUGCAAUACCAUCUCUAGCUCUUAUAAUUUAGUCAUGCUAGGGAAAAAAAUAGAUGAGAUACACACACGUCCAUAUAUAUGUACUUACACAUCAGGUAUUGAGCAGUUAGGUUGAACUAAGUAUUUCAGUUUGCAAACACUGACUCCUUUUUAAAAAUCAUUUCAUUCUAGCAAAAUUCUCCCCAGCUUCCUGUAAUUAUUUCAUUUGCAUGAUAUAUUGCUUCUUAACUUUUUAAUUGAGCACUGAAUAGAAACUGGUAUUUCCUUAACUUGUUUCUUGCAUGUUCCUUUUCAGUAAGUUUUUCCUUCCUUUUUAACAUAGGGAGCUAUUGUUCAUAUUUCUUUUUUUCUUUGUACUCUUGGAAAUGAGGGCAUCGUAAAAAACUUGGAUGUGUUUAAAAUACCAGCAAUUUUAAUCUAGCAGUGUCAAAACUCAGAUAUAUUUUGGCUUGCUACACUGUGGUACCAUGUAGCAAUCCCAUGGAGUUGGAAUUCAGAAAUGAGUGUAAUCUGUGUGAUUUUAAAAUGACUGUUACGGGAAAGUUUGUUUUGUUCAUUUGAAUUUGGUGGGGAGGAUUUGCUGAGGAGGUUUGCCCCUGGUAUUUAAUGCUUAUUGUGGGAAAUGUAACCAUGAAAGCAUGAAGCAUGUGAAGUGCUGCAUAAAUAAAAUAUAAGCUUUAAUUUAGUACAGUUCAUUUGCCAUCAUUUAUAAGUAUCAGUAAGUUGCACUGCUAUUAGUAAUUAAAAAUAAAAGCAAUUCGUCAUCAUUUAAUUAUGCAUACUUUAGAAUAUUUU